CAAGGCUUUCCCGCUGGAUGCGUGAGUCUACCGAUAUCCUGGCCCACGGAUCUCCACACUUAAUACUCCAUGUGGUCUACACGAUGAAUCUACGGACACUAACAUGUUCGUCUUGAAUGGCAAUAGGUACGCGGUCCUCGAUCUCCAACCAGGUGUCCCAGAGUCGGAUAUCAAGAUGCAGUACCGCAAGAAGUCGCUCCUAAUCCAUCCAGACAAGACCAAAAAUCCUGCAGCUCCCGAUGCCUUUGACCGGCUGAGCAAAGCGCACUUGACGCUCAUGGAUGAGAAAGCGCGGACCCGGUUAGAUGAGAACAUCGCGGACGCGCGACGGCUCCUGAUCCGAGAACACAAGUACACACUCGACUCACCGGAGCUCAAGACGGAAGACUUCAAGAAGGAGUGGCGACAGAAGACGGUGCAGGUGUUGCUGGAAGACGAGGCACGACGACGACGACAGAUGAAAGCACAGCUGCAGGAGGAAGGGCGAGAGAUGCGCAAGGAAGAGGAGGAGAUCGAGGCGCGCAAACGGAAGCGGGAGCAGCAGGAAGCCUGGGAGGCGACACGAGAUGAGCGGAUUGGGAGCUGGCGGGAUUGGCAGAAGAAGAAGGGGGGAGAAGCAGACCGGAAGAAGAAGAAGAAGAUGAAGGUGCUGGGCUAGCAGCCUGGGGUAUCGUGCUGUAUUCUGCGAUACUGUUCUUCCUUUUUCUUUUCCUUGGGCGUUUCGCGGGAUACGGUGUACUUUUUACUUUACCGACAAGUCGAAUGGGAUAGUCCUGGUGCUGGGCAAGACCAUCGCUGACUCAUGCGUAGAAAGCUCCAGCCUUCUCUUCUCUGGACUUUGAAGCCAUCCAGGUGCGGGGAUGCCGCGGGGCGUUUCGGUUCUUCUGGAAUUAUCUAAAUCUAAAUGUCAUCGUGGCCUUCUCUAACGGAGACGACA